GAGCAUUUGUGAGUAUAACUUUUCCUUCUGUAUGUAUUAUCCUAAUAGGAUGCAUCGGAAGAAUGGUCAGUUUGCUUCAUUGAAAGAAAAUUCAGCCUCUUCUAGUUGGGAUUCUACUAAGAGUUGCCUUCAAGGAGACGGCACACCUCGUCCAGAAACUGUUGUUCGAAGAUGUCAACAUUGUGGUGUUGGUGAAAAUUCUACUCCUGCAAUGCGUCAUGGCCCAGCUGGACCAAGGACACUCUGCAAUGCAUGUGGGCUUAUGUGGGCAAACAAGGGAACUCUGAGAGAUCUGAGCAAGGCAGGGAGGAAUCUUUGUUUGGACCAAAUAGAACCGGAAACACCCAUGGAUAUUAACCCUUCAAUCAUUGAAGGAGAAAAUUUCUGCGGAAACCUGGAUAAUCCUGGAAUGCCUGAUGAUCCUUCCAAGGCUGUAACAGGAGAAACUGGCAGUCCUGUCAAUCCAGAUGAGGAAGAUUUGUGUGGAAUUGCAGAAGAUCAUACAAAUAGUUUGGCAGUGAGAAUUAUCAAUUCUUUAUGCAACCUUGAUGAGCAGAUUGGCAAUGGAUGGAAUAUAGUUCGGGGAGCAUCAAAAGAUUACAUUUUGAAUUUUGGAUAUAUUUUGUCAUAGGUUUUUGUUAUGAAUUUGCAAGCUUGGAAGGUUUUUUGGAAUUACAUGUUUGAAGUUUUUUUCACAUGUU